UCUCGAUCCGUUCAGUUUGUGCAGUUACUGCGCCACGAGAUCCACAGAAUCAAUGCAUGUAAAUUUUCAGUAUUUUAACAACCUUUAACUCGCCUCUGUAUUUGCUUACUGUUGGUUAAUCAUGGCUGGACAAAAACCUUUUUGGGCCCAGAGAUACAUCGGUUGCAAAGUUAAUUUGCUUUCGCAAUCGGAUGUUCGCUACGAAGGAACAGUGAUUGAUCUGAAUGAGGAAUCCGUUUCUCUUGGCGAAGCUCGCUCAUUUGGAACGGAGGAUCGCCUGGCUAAUCAGGUUAUCCCUCCGUGCAACGAGGUUUACCAAAUUGUUGUAUUUAAACGGUCCAACAUUAAGGAGAUCUUCGUGCCCGGUGGGCCGCUGUCACUACCACCACCAAGACGGUCUGCUCUCUUCGUCAUUUCGAGGAACGCCGGAAAGCGUUGGAUGGACUUUGUGCGCUGGCAGUCGAUCAGUACAGCCCGGGAUCCGCACGCCAAGGCCAAGACCAACAUCAUGCUUGCCGUUAUGAUCUUCGCCGUCUACGGUAUACCUUUGUGCCAAGCUUUUGCUGGUUUUGUCCGCAAGCGCCGUGGCUGA